AGUCAAACUGCAGCCAAAGGCACUGUUUUCUGUUGCAACAGGGUCAGAUUCAAGUAAACACUUGAAACAUGAGUGUACAAAAUAUCGUGGCACGGUCAUUUGGCUAUGUCGACCCAGACUUCCCCAAUCCUGGCGGACCAAACGAUACAACUAUCAUUAUCUACGGGUACACGCCAUCUCUAGCCAUUGCGGCUUUUGCUGCAGCAUGGUUCUUUAUUCACUUGAUUACCCACACGGCGCAAAACUGGAAAUAUCGAAGUUGGUGGUGGAUGACCUUUUCCUCCGGCUUGGUGUUCGAGAUUAUAGGCUACAUCGCCAGGAGCUUAUCAGCCAAAAAGGACCCCUACAGCCUGAUCUACUUUGUUCUCAACUACUUCUUCAUCGUGACUGCACCGGUCUUCCUCGCCGCGGGAGUUUAUACAAUUCUCUCGACUCUUAUCUCCAGGCUUGGAAAUCAGUACUCCUUUCUCCGUCCGACGGUUAUCCUGGGUUUUUUCAUCACUUCAGACGCGAUCUCAACAAUCGUGCAAAUUGCGGGUGCCACCCUCAUUGGCGUGAAAGAGUCUCGACGUGAAGAUCCCACGACUGCAAACAACAUCCUUCUGGCAGGCCUUGCUUACCAAGUAUUCGCUAUGAGCAUUUUUGUCCUGCUGAUGGCGGCAUUCCAAUUCCGAGCCCGCCAUGCAAUCAAGCAGCACGGCUUCCAAGUGUUUUGUCUAUCUUUCUCCCUCUCGACACUCAUGGUCUACAUGCGAACCAUCUUCCGUCUCAUCGAGACGGCCGAGGGUCUGGGCGGGAAGCUCUCAACACAUGAGGUCUAUUUUGCAUGCCUCGAAUUUGCGCCCAUCGCCCUUGUGGCUCUUCUGCUUUGUGUUUGGCAUCCAGGUCGCUGCCUUGGAGCGAAAGUACGCGCCGGCAACGAGAAGAGGAUCAACCCGGGUACCACUGCUGGUCAAUUCUACGCAUAG